AUGUUCGAUGCUCUUACCUUCAGACCAUCAUGCGACGACAGAGCAAUUGUGCGAUACGCUACAGCGACUGGCGCGGUCACUGCCGCAACACCUCCUCGACUCGUUGCCGAAAUCACAUCACCCACGUUCCUCGACUAUGAGCUCAUAUCAGACUUUUUCCUCACUUACCGCGCCUUCCUGGAACCUUCAGAUCUACUCCGAAUGAUCGUGGCUCGCCUUCGAUGGGCGCUCGGCCGCGAUGAUGAGGUUGGCAUGGUUGUCCGGGUUCGCACGUUCGUCGCUAUUCGCCACUGGAUCCUCAACUAUUUCAUGGACGACUUUGUGAUUGACUACGGUCUCCGAGUGUCCUUCUGCAACCUCCUCAACGACUUCGUAGAGGAGCUCUCUCAAGACGCUCGAGCUCGAAAAGUCCAGCUUAAGAUUUUGGCCGAACUGAAAAAGUGCUGGAGGAGAGUGUGCGCGCAGUACUGGGACGGGCCUGAAUUCGAUUCUUCUCUCGACCCCGAUGAGCCCAUAGCGCCGGGAGGAAUUGCUGGCCAUCGUAAUGCCUCUCUGGACCCGUCAUUUUGGGAAAACACAGACCUGCCGCCUCGCUUGUCUGGCUUGUUUUCUGCUGCAAAGCAGACCGGCGGAGACGAGAGAAGUUUCUACGCUGACGUUUCGCGAGCGGGCCACGUUGGUGAUUCACACAUCUUGGGACCGCGCCCGAGCACGCCCGAGAACCAGAUCGCCCAAGAGUUUGAGCCGCGGCAGACCUCGCCUAAGAGCAUGGCCAGCUUGGAUGUUGUCUCAUGCUCGUUUCCCGGUAAAAUCGGGCGAGCUGUGCAUCCAGGAUCUAGUAACCCUAUGGCAGUUCAUCCCGUGCCACCAAGUUCCGUUUACACAAACGCGGCUGCUAUCGCCACAACUCCCCGAGCCCUCACCGGCAAGCGCGUUCGACCGAGCGCUAAUCAUCAGAGAAACGGCAGUCUGACCGACUCCCUCAGGGAAAGAUCUCACUCUACCGACAAGCUGGGCUUGAAUCAAGAUACCGAGCACCUUCUCUCUUUUCCUUACGCAGGAAGUCUGGUCCGUGGAAAUUUACUACCUCCCGGCCAGCCCUUUGUGGAGAUACUGCCCCCCAACAUAUCCAGCGAACAACGUGAAACAACCAUCUUCCAGCAAUCCCCACUGGGCCCCGAGAAGAGCAUGGCGUCAGCCAUGUCAGGACCAGGCAUGAAGAGGUUGAUUGGCAGUGUGCGCAGGGCUCUUAGCACAAGAGGCCAAGGCGUGUCUCCCACCCAAGGAAAUUUCAUCAACAUCUCGCCCAUAGGCCCUCGUGGUGCGACGACGAACCGCCUGCCUGGCACCGCCAUCGUACCACAGGCUCGUCCGCAUCAGAACGGCGUUCGACCGCCCGUUCGAAUUGACCUCCUUGGUGCUGAAAUUGCGGAAGAUUUCAAAAAGGCUGUCAGAGAAGAUGCUGCUGCCGAAGCUGAGCAGCGAGACCUGGCGCUGCGCCUCCCGGCUGACCACCCUUUGCAUAGCGCUAUCCCAGACGAAAUGCUGGAAUAUUCAGCUGCGCAUAUAGAGACACUCCUCGGUAGCCCCUCGAUGGCCAAUCCUAUCAUAGACGACCACUUGCGACCCAUGAGCGACACAGGCAUCACAACCGGCAGCAAAUCCAUCGUUAUCGUCGACGAUACGCUUCCGUUUGGUCUACCCCUUCCGCUUCCCUUAGUGCGUGGCUUGAGACCCAGCAUACAUGACUCUGUGGGCCACUCUGAGAUCGACUUUGUUGAUAACUUGCUCCCGACGAAUGCCGAUCCUACGCCUCCUAAUACGCCGCCAGCAGAUGAAUUGGGAACGCCGCGAAGAUCGUCCAGGACUCUUAACCGACAUGCCAUCCGGCCGUCGCUCUCGUCUGACAAUCUGCCUCCAUUCGUUCCUGACCUUGCCACACUGGGUCGUGGAGAGCACGGUACUAAGCCAUCCGUGGACACCGGCCGGCCCUCCAGCGACAUGCCGAGACCUUCCUCAGAAUCCAACAGACCUUGGACCGGCAUCACCAGCAUCCCUGGCCACGCCAGACCACCACUCUCUGGCUCUGCGCACUGGCGACAAAUGUCUAGCAAGACGAAUCAGUCCUUGAAUUCUAUCCUCCAUCAAGGAAACACGUCCUUUCGGAGUGACUACCUACCCCCGUCGACUGUCAGGAGUUUUGAUGCAACGACUUACUCUGAAGAACGCUCCAUCGCAGACGAUGAUGUGGAAGCUCUCCCGCAACCUCUCCGCGUACUGCGACGUAGGCGUGGGGGUGAUUUGCGAGCUGCCACCAACACGGGACAACUGGAUACUUUGCCGCUACACAGGACGCGGUCCGUUGGUUCGCUAACAACCUACUCUGAAUCAAUUCGCAGCUCGUACUUGCGAAGCCUUGAGCAGGAUUCUAGUGCGUUUGUCGAUGUUACUUCUAGCCAGUUUUCACCAGAGCAUGUCAAUACUUUCUCGCUCGGUGUCAUGGCGGAGCAACCACCUAAGCGCGACCUUUCUCUGUUCAGCACUCAUUCGUCCAAGCCAGUCAUGCGCCCGUCCUUUGAGGCAGAAGCUCAGAAGCUCGCACAAAUUCCUGAUGACGCUAAUGAUGACGGUGGUGUCGAGUCUGCGUUGGCCAAACUUGAGGGCAAAUACGAGAAAAAGCAGUUCAAGUUGUCGAUGGAGCCCACCAAUACACCCAAGACGAUUACCGCUCAUCUCGAUGGGGCGUUUGGCGGUUCAGACAUGAUCGAGAAGCAGGGACCCCGGCAUUUGCAUCUUGGUGAUGGGGUAGGCUCUACUACUGCUCCUCACUACGUUGAUGGCUUGUCUUCUCAAAGCGGCCCGAUCACCCUCCACGUCCCACGGAGGCGAGCGCACACCGAUGCAAAAUCAUUCCUCUCGGAUAAGUCAGGUGCUUCGUAUUCGUCGAUUCCAUUGCUUGAGCGCGGGCUCACAGAUGACGGGAGGAGCAAGACUGGCACGGAGGAGUGGAGGGGAAGAUCCAUACUUGUUGACCGCGGCGAGGCAUCUCCUGCCACGACGCCUCGGCCAUCGCCGCUCUGUGACUCUCAACACCCGUCAUACGAGUUUGUUGAAAAGACCCGCAGUAUGGAUGGAGUCCAGUCCAAGAACACAAGGCACAGUCCAAGCGAAGACCAAUCUUACCUGGACUUGGAAAGUGAAGACGACGGAACCGAUCUCUCCUCAGAAAUGUCGCUAGAAGUCAUCAACUCGGACGACUUUGACGGAGAGGGCAGCUUCCCUCCGAUGGACCGCAGCACCUCCGUCAUCAAGCGAAUGCCAACCCAUCCUUUGGCUGACUCAAGUUCGGAACGCAAGAGUCAGAUUCCGUCACCGCCCAUGACCUUGGCUCAGGCUCUUCGAAUGUCCCCAGAGACCGCCACAGUCCCUCAGCUUCACGAGCACCAGUUGUGGUCCUCUAAGCCUUUACCACUGCCGCCGACACCCGAUACAACGCCUACAGCGGCUCAAUAUCCGAAAGAUGCUCGGAACGCCUCAGAUGACGUGGCAUCUCAUGUCGAUGCCAGUGUCGCAAGCGACAGAUUCUCUAGGAAGUUUUCGAUUCAUCUACCUUUCAUCCUGGCUUUUGACUCGGAAAUCCUCGCACAACAGUUCACACUGAUCGAAAAGGACGCACUCAACGAGAUCGACUGGAAAGAACUCAUCGAGAUGGGCUGGAAGAAUGCAACUAAUAACGACUCGCGCUCAUGGGUUGACUUCUUGCGUAACACCGAUGCCCACGGCGUCGAGGUCGUCAUUGCAAGAUUCAACAUCAUGGUCAAGUGGGCCUGCAGCGAGAUUGUUCUCACCCAGAACAUUGAGGAGCGAGCUCGGUGCAUCAUCAAGUUCAUUCACCUGGCAGCCCACUGCCACCGCUUCCGCAACUUUGCGACCAUGAGUCAAAUUGCCAUUGCCCUGACAAGUCAGGAGGUUGCCAGGCUUUCCAAGACGUGGGCCAUGGUGCCACGUCGGGAUAUGCAGACGCUUCAGGAACUGGAAUUACUAGUCUCCCCAACCCGCAACUUUCACAAUCUACGGGCUGAGAUGGAAGGCGGAUCCGACUCGGGAUGUAUUCCUUUCGUCGGCAUAUAUACACACGACCUCCUUUUCAACGCACAGCGUCCGUCCGAAAUCGCCAGUUCACCUACUACAGCUCCUCUUGUCAAUUUUGAGCGAUGCCGGUAUGCAGCCACCAUCGUCAAGACUCUCCUCAGGCUACUCGAGGCCAGCACUCUCUAUCAAUUCCAACCUGUCGAGGGCAUCACCGAGCGAUGUCUUUGGAUGGGCGCAUUGACUGAUGAGGAAAUUCGAAGACAUUCUGAGAGCUUAGAAUAA